GUGGCUGGUUGCGAGGACGGUGAUAGUCGCCCUGUCCCGUCGCCACUGACCCCUCCUGUCUCCCACCGCCCAAAUUAGCACCCAUUAUCGAAACACUUGUCGCCGUCGUCUGCUUUGUUAUAUAUAACCCAAGUCAGCCACACCACCCCACACCAGCCUUCUCCUCUAUUCUUUGCAUUGCAUGCUCUUGACCUACAAGGGCGGCCAAAUUGGUUGAAUCUCCCCCCUGCCAUGGCCGUCUCCUUCCAGUCCCCAUCGCUGAUGGGGGCAGGAAUCGGCAGGAGGUGUGACCUCAGAGCUCCCACGUACUGCUAUGGGGCAAAAGGGUUCCCCUCAUUUCUUCCCAAAGAGGUGGAGAACAUCAGAGACCCCUUUGCUCGGAGGCUGGCCCAGAGAAUAGAGAGACUUCCCGUCGAGGUCGGAUUUUCUGAUAGCUGUAUAAUGAGCAGCUGUGUGAAACCACUUAUCCAUUGUGAUGAGGCUAGUCCACUACUCCUCCUCCACAGUUUUGAUAGCUCUUGUUUAGAGUGGAGGUGCGCCUACCCUUUACUUGAACAUGCGGGUAUGGAGGCUUGGGCGGUCGAUAUUCUUGGAUGGGGUUUCUCCAACUUAGAAAGGCAUCCUCCGUGCUGCGUUUCAUCAAAGAGACAACAUCUCUAUCAGCUGUGGAAGUCCCAUAUCAAAAGACCGGUGAUAUUAGUUGGACCGAGCCUUGGAGCCGCUGCUGCUAUUGAUUUCUGUGUCAAUCAUCCCGAAGCUGUUGAGAAGUUGGUAUUGAUCAAUGCUUGCGUCUAUGCAGAAGGCACAGGCAAUCUAGCAAGAUUGCCCAAGAUAGUUGCCUAUGCUGGUGUCUCUCUCUUGAAGAGCAUUCCUUUAAGGCUUUAUGCUAACUUAACAGCAUUCCAUGGGGUUCCAUUUAGAACAAGUUAUGACUGGACCAAUGUGGGUCGCUUGCACUGCUUACUGCCCUGGUGGAAUGAUGCGACUGUUAGCUUCAUGAACAGCGGUGGUUAUAAUGUCAUUUCCCAAAUAAAAGAGGUGAGACAGAAAGUUCUUAUCAUAUAUGGCGAGUAUGAUCGUAUAGUCAGCAACAGACUUGCUGUGAGGCUCCAUUGUGAACUACCCAACGCGAUCUUGAGGCAAGUGCCAGAUACAGGUCACCUCCCCCAUGUCGAUAAGCCCAAAGCCGUCGUAAAGUUGAUGGAAGAUUUCAUUAGGAAAGAUCACUGAUGGAAGGCAGGGUUGCUCAUAGUGAUUCUAAUGAGUGUGGAGGGUGUAAAGUGAUUUUCACCACGAAGAGUAGAAAUUUCGUUUUCUUGCUCGUGAACGAAGAAAUGCACUAAGGUCACACAAAUCAAUCAAAACAAUGAGGAAAAAGAAAGGUUCAAUAUUGGAUAUUUUGCCACGCGUCCUGCAUACAGACGCGAAGACUAUAUUCUCUAUUUAUAUUAAUUAUUAAAAAAAAAUCUGAAAGUCAUCA